UUCUACGCGUAGGAAUACCACUGACGUGUCCUCGCGCGGAGAUCGACUACGUACGUGCGUGUAAUUCGUCGACUUGCCUCGCCGAUAAUCCUCGCCUUCCCCGCGUGCAUAGGAAUUAGCCAGGCAAUACCGCCAGUCAUUGAGGUGCAAGCGAGCGGAACGUUCUGUGCAACGCGUUGAUCGUCAGCGGUCAAGACUAGUGAACCAGCCCAGAUAGAGGCGAGAGAACCACAACCCCGUUCGAGCUCCAGCGAGUCAAAAGUGACGGCAAAAUUAUGGCAUCAGCUCUGAAUCUGAAUGCUUUCUUCAAUUCCUUCAGCAGCACGCUAAAUGCACCAGUCAGACAACACUUAAAGAAUGUGUAUGGUUGCCUGUCCCUGUCCACCGUAUCAGCGGCUGCUGGAGCUUACGUGCACAUGUACACGCAAUUUCUGCAGGCCAAUCUGCUGACGACUAUCGGCACUUUGGGCCUCCUCAUUGCGUUGAUGACGACACCCGAUAAUGGCAAGAAUCAAAAACUGCGUCUCAGCUACCUCUUGGGAUUUGCAUUUCUAUCCGGUCUUGGUUUGGGGCCCUUGCUUGAGUUGGUAAUCAGCAUAGACCCGAGCAUUGUAAUGACAGCAUUAGUUGGCACGACGGUCGUCUUCGUUUCCUUUAGUAUUUCUGCGCUUUUGGCUGCACGUGGCCGUUGGCUGUUUCUUGGUGGCACUUUAAUGAGCAUGCUGAAUGCUAUGUUCUUAUUCUCCUUCAUCAAUCUGUUCUUGCGCUCGACCUUCCUGUAUCAAGCGCACUUGUAUGUGGGAUUAUUCGUUAUUUGCGGCUUUGUUAUUUACGACACGCAACUGAUCAUCGAGAAAUAUCACAUUGGUAGCAGGGACUUCAUCAUGCACUCCUUGGAUCUGUUCAUCGACUUUGUAGGCGUUUUCCGACACCUCCUUGUGAUACUUACGCAAAAGGAACUGUCCAAGGAUUCACGCAAGCGUAGAGAUUGAGCGAAAACAAGACGAGUAAUUGCGGUGCAUUCAAGUAAAUCCAUAAACUAGAGGUCUUCAUGUAAUCUAUCCAUACCUAGGUAUUUGUGUACAUAUACAUACCGGAAAAAAAUUAUAUAAAUACCGAUAUACACCACGUCAUAUACGUAUAUAUACGCAUAACAUCUCUUUAGCGCGAACGCGAAACUAUAUAUAUUUACUAUAUUGAAAAAA